CGACUUCGCUGCUCUGUAUCUCAUCAAUCUCCAUCUGAUAUCGACUUGUUCACCUUCAUCUGAUAUCACCAUCGGUCCACGGCCAUCUCCGAUACCUUCCAAACACAAAACAGGAAGCUGUAAACUGCAAUCGCUCGCGUGUGCCCUUGCCUUUGCCUUGCCCUGAGCACUGACUUGUGGAUCUACCGCCCCUACUGCACCAUUAUUUCAUCAAGCAGACAAAAAGAAGCAUUUUUCAGAUAAGGGAGAAGUAAUCAUCCAUCAAGUCGUGAUACAAGUACACUAUAUAAGAAGCACUGUUUCGCUUCUACUCUGCGAUCCAAUUGCAUUCAUUGCAUAACCAUCAUUCAAUCAUGCUCGUCAAUUCCAUCUUCGCCGCCAGCGCAUUGAUGGUCUCUGGCGCAGUCGCCUGGAACAAAGACGUUCAUCAACAAAUCGGCUACAGCGCCGAACAACUCCUCACCCCCUCCACAAAAUCAAUCCUCCAUCACAUCCUCGAGCCCAAAUACAACGGCAGCAUAGGCUUAGCAGCAUCCUGGGCAGACGACUACGCCCACACCACCGAAGGCGCUUUUUCCUACCAAUGGCAUUGGAUCGAUUCAGCAGACAACCCACCCUACUAUUGUAAUGUGUAUUAUAACCGUGACUGCACGAAAGGCGGUUGCGUGGUUUCCGCCAUUGCGAAUCAGACGCAGAUACUCAAGGGAUGUAUCACGAGGGCCAAGAAGGGGCAACUUGUGCAUGGUGAGGAUUUGCAGUGUUCGUAUGCGUUAAAGUGGGUUGCGCAUUUCUUGGGCGAUAUAGCGCAGCCUUUGCAUGCGUCCGGUGUCGCGGCUGGUGGCAAUGACUUUGACGUGGUAUUUGGAAACCAUUCGACCGAAUUGCAUGCUGUCUGGGAUGGCUGGAUCGUCUACGCAGACGCAAAUGUCACCGGCUUCCCCAACAACACUAUCCAACCAUUCUUCAAGCACCUCGUCUCCCGCAUCCGCGAAGACGACUUUUCAAUCCCCACUGCAGAAUGGAUUGCUUGUAGCGACCCUUCCACACCUUUGGAAUGUGCGCUCAGCUGGGCUCGCGACAGCAACGCCUUGACCUGCGAUUACGUCUACUCGCAAGCUUUCAACGGUACAAACCUGGCCACUAGCGGAUAUGCAACUGGUGCAUUCCCAAUCGUGGAGUUGCAGAUUAGUAAGGCGGUGUUGAGAUUGGGUACAUGGUUGAAUAAGCUUGUGGCUGGUGAUUAUGACCAUGGAAGAGAUGUUGUGCUUCAGACGAACCCGAGUUGGUUGUUGGGUCCUGAUGGUGGAGAGUAGAAGUGGUGUGAUGUUUGUUGUGUAUGAGCGAAGGAAGAUAUCGAAGAUGAUGGACACGAUGUCAAAUAUUUCCAGAGAAUGACGACCUGUUUGUCGAAAAUUCUAUCCAGUAUGAUAUGUGCUCAUUCCCAACGUUGGCGCUGUCCAACGUUG